ACGCUUCUCAGUUACUCAGUUUCGAACGAGCAAAAAACAAUUUAGCGCCCUCUGAAACGCUCUGUGUAUCAUUCUCUAUUAAAAUAUUAAAAAAUACAUAAAAAUUGCACACGUCGCUGAUAAAUCUAACGGUACACUUAUCAUCUAAAAUACAGGCUUUCGCUUUCAAAUCGGUUGAAAAAUAUGACAUGAUAAUAAGUGAAUAGUAGCCGCGUCGAAAAUUGUUCGAUGAGUGGCGGCGGCUAUUCGGUUGUUUUUUAGUUCUUUAAAAAACUAAGUGCAUAAACAAUUAAAGUCAGACGCAACAUCAUUGUUAAAUGAGUUUAAAGUGAAUAAAAGCGUUGUCAACGCCUUUUUGGGCAGCGAAAAUACGAAAGAGAAAUCCAGGCCCAGCAUCCUUCAGCCUCUUCUUCUUCCUCUUCAUCUCCUUUUGCAUUCCUUUUCGCCGCGUUUGUAUUGGUGUUCGUGUAUGUGCGUGUGUGUGUACGAGCUUGAAAAUUGUGUUAAGUAAAUUUAUUCCCGCUGCCAACAAGAAAUUGAUGCCAAAAAUCUAUACAAAUUUGGUGCUGUGUGCGCGUGUGUGUGGAAUUAGCACUCCCAAUUGGUGUCUCUUUCGCUCUAACUCCGUAUUUUAAACUGUUACUCAAAGCAAAGGGUGUGUGUAAUUGUACGUGAGUGCUUCACAUGGAAAUUAAUUAAAAAACGCACCUUAGCUGCCAUCUCCCUCGCUCUCUCGCAAGGAUACGAAUGGGUGACAAAUGAGGAGGCAGCCCGGCAAACAACUAGCAGCCACUGGGAUCUGGAGUUAAAUGGCCAAGGCACGCAGAAAACGCAACCGUCUGAGGUGUCCGGAAAUAGAGAGAGUUAGAUCCAAUUAGAAGCCGCUAGGAUGGACAAGCGAUCGUUGUGCCUGCUGCUCAUCUGCAUCAAUCUGUGCCUGGUCAUCUGGCUGGUCAGUGUGCAGCAGUCGCCGAUGCUGGAAGCGGAAGCCAUCGCCGAUUUCAGCGGAAGUGGCGCCAGCAGCAGCAGCACAACCGCACAGCCGCCGCCAUCGAGUGCCAAAAUUGGAUUGCGGAGGAGCAGAAGCGAACCAAACCAAAUACACCAGCCUAGUCGCACACCUAGUAAUAGUAAUGAUAGUAGCCUAGUUAGCAACACAUUCGAAAGCCACCUCAUGGGCACGCCCACCAUAUUGGCGUCACAAACGCCCACACCGCCGCAGAGCAGCAUGCAACUCAUGGAUCUGCAGAAUUUCGUCUAUCUGAUAGACCAGCCCGCCUGUGAUAAGGAUGUUCGGGUACUCAUACUGGUCCACUCAGCAGUGCGCAAUGUGGACAAGCGCCGCCUCAUCCGAGAAACAUGGGCGAAUCGCAGCUAUAUAGAUCAGACACCGCUCAAGGUCUACUUCCUGGUAGGCGGCGUGGGUAGAAAGGCAGAGAAUUGGCAACAGUUUCUGGGACGCGAGAACCAUCUGCACGGCGAUCUCAUCCAGGGGAACUUCGAUGACGCCUACCGCAACAUGACCUACAAGCAUGUCAUGGCGCUCAAGUGGUUCAACGAGAAGUGUGCGCAUGCCCAGCUGCUGGUGAAGGUGGACGACGAUGUGUUCAUGAACACACCGCAGCUGGCCAAGUACUUGGCGACUCCCUCGCUGCCCGAAUACUCCCUGCUCCGUGAUCCCAAUCUGAUGCUCUGCCGAUCCGUCCAUCAUUCGAGGGUCAAGCGCUCAUAUCGUUCCAAAUGGCGGGUGACGUACAAGGAGUACCCGAACCGCUUCUAUCCGGAAUACUGUCCCGGAAUGGCCAUUGUCUAUGCACCGGACGUGGUGCGUCGCCUUUUUGAGGCGGCCCAGAAGUCCCAAUACUUUUGGGUGGACGAUGUACUCAUCACGGGCAUCCUGGCCGAGGAAACGGGCAGCAAAAUCACCCCGCUGAAGCAUUACCUGGAGCAGAAGGACGUUCGCAAGCUGGUCGCCGGGGGAGCUGAUCUUGAGGAUCCUCCGUUUCUCUUCACAAAUCAUGCGAUUAAGCCGGACGAAAGCAUGGUCAUUUGGCAGAUGGCGCUGGAAAGAAUCCAGAGUCCACUGCUCACCCAACCCGCCUACUCAUCCGCAUCCUCCGCUUCCAGAUACGCACCUGUUGUGCCAAGUGCCAACAUUUCCGAGCUGGCCCAGACGAGCUCCACCGGCCUCAGCUAGUUUGACUGGCACCACUCAAUGGAUUGAUUACGUUUAGUUUCUUUGGCUGUUCAGUUUUAGGUUUUCGUUAAGCCUUAAUAUUAGCUCGUAGUUAUCCCUAAUGUUAGCUGAUUAAUGAUAGGUAGCAUUUUUGUCGGGACGAAUGCAGCGGAACAUUUUUGUCGGGACGAAUGCAACGGAACAUUGCAAGUCAAGUGAACCACCAACCACCUGCCUACAAUCAUUCGUAUCAUAUGAACAGUAACUAAUCUAAGGACUCUACUGAUAGUCAUGUACAUCCGCAAAUUCGUACAUCCAUUGCGAAUCGCUCACGAACCGAGAUAACCGAAUACAGAAAAUCCAAAACCAGAAUUCAAAUACGAACACCAAACUCUUAGCAGCGACAACAAUAGAAGGAGCGCAUAACCUUAAGCACAACUCGUAAACUACAAUAGUACUUAAUAAACGAUGAAAUGAUUGAAAUGAAACUGCUACAAACAAAGCACACAAGCUGACGAUUCAAGUGUUUGUGAAAUCAGUGUAUAACCAAACCAAAUAUUGAAUUCGAUGUAGGCUGCAUAACAAUGGACGGAAGUAUUUAUUAAAAAAUAUAUAUAUACGUAGGGACAAACGAAAAACGAUUAUAAUAAUUACCUAUUUUUUUUAAUAGUGUGUAUUUAAAAGCUAUCAAACUGUCCGUAUCGUUUUGAUCCCCAAAAUUCCAAUAAAGCCAAUUGAUGGAAAAUCGAAAUCUGCAUAUGCAUUACAUUUAUACAGAUAUACUUAAUUAAUAAGAUAAGUGGGAACAGAAAUGCCAGGAACGUUAACAUAAAAUAUCAAAAACAAAUAGCAAAUUGUACGGUCCGAGAACGCUGAAAACGAUGAACGAACGAAAAUGGUAACAAAUGAAAUUUAAUAAAUGUGUAAUAAAAUUAAUUAAAUGUUCAAGUUUGUCAGAAAUUAUAUAAAAGUCAUUUCAAAAUACA